GAACGGCUCAGUCGUUUUCGUUAACAUUAAAAUAAAACUGUUUUAAUUUUAAUGUUAAUUGUUUUUUGAAAGUUUUUAGCGAAUUAAUUGCCUAAAGUUAUUUAUUCCUACAAGGUUGCACACGUGAUGUUCACUGUAGUUCCAACGCCCGAGGUCAAAGACCAUCGAGACCAACGGGCAGCUUCUGGGGAACCGGUUCCGCAGAUAAUCGACCAUCGUCACCGGACUCAGCCAAGAGAAAACUGGCUGGACGGGCGCAAAAGUAAGCAAGAGACUUACGAAAGUAUCAAGGCGCAAAGGGAUAACUUGGUCCAGUCUGAAUUCAAAUAUAAGAAGAUGAUAAAGGAACUUGAAAAAGAGAAGGAAGACCUCCUGAAAGUAUAUGAACCUACUUAUAAUGAAAAUGAGCGAUUGAAAAGUCAUUUGUUGCACGGGCCUGGUGCUCAGAAAAUCAAAAAAUUAAAACAAGAGAAGAGAGAAUUAAUGAGCGAAUUAGAAAUUGUAAAGGAGGAAAAUGUCGAAAUUACUGACAGAGUUAAAGAACUUGAAAAAAUGUUUUUGUCUGAAAAAGACUAUUAUCUUGAAAAGAAAUGGCGCGAAGCUAUAGAACGGGGACGAAAAAGGCGCGAAGAAAAGGAUGCCGGGAUAUCUACACAAGGUCCAUUAACCAAUGCAAGGAAACCAAAAAAGAGAGACUUAAAAACAGUAAAAGAUGAGGAAUUUGAAAAACAAGAUGUAUAUGAUUUGCACAUAGAUAAUCUUGAGAAAGAAACACAGAUACUUCUGAAUAAGAUAAGGCAGUUAAAGCAAAAUAAAGAAAACAUAAAUUAUGCCAACUUUAUUGGAAAAGGGGCUGUAACUAGAAAUGCCGCGAUCGCAAAUGCAAUUAACGAGAAACUUGAACGAGAUCUAGAAACAUUUGAGGAACGUCUUGAAAAUUUAAGGAAGAAAACCGGAAAAUUAACUAGUGAUACUGCUGAAGAAAUUGUUAUAACGGAAAAGAAAUCGAAACCAAAGCAAACUGGUACGAAAUAUUUUAGGACAAAACCUACCCAAACAGAUGCACUGCCUGAACAAAAUGAACUUGAAAAAAAAAGCAACGAAACUAAAGAACAAAACGUUUCAAACGGAAAGUCGGUUUUGAGGAGCACAAACAGAUCAGGUAAAGAAAUUAACAAAAGGACGUCGUUAACUAAAGUCUCCACACCUACUGAUGAUGAUCUUUUAGAAGCACCCGAUUACAGUACUAAUAAAAAACACCAUAGAAUAGUUUCUAAAAAGUUCAAGCAAGAUUCAGAUGGCGGAAACAGCGAGACCGUACACGCCAUUUGGAACGUCAGUCGCACCUCAAAUGAAAAUAAAGGUUAUACAUCACCUAUAGCCGAGCAUUGGGCCAAUCUAGCAGUAAAACUUAAUGAAACGGAAAAGUACGGAAAAAAGAAACCAUUUACACACAGAAAUAAGGUGUUUCGCUACAAAGGAAACCAACAUACGCCUUCUCGACAAAUACAACUUGUAUCGGAAGACGAAAAUCAAGAAACUGAAGAAAGUGAAAGAAAUUCAGCAAAAAGUCAAAGAAGUAUUCUAUCAGUAAGUUCUCAGUCAAGCUUAGAAGUUAAUUCUCAAAAUAAAUACAUAUACGAUAUACCCAGACAUGUUGAACAAAAGCCUGCCAGAGAUGUAAAACUAAAAGCAGAUGAAAAUAGCAAUAAGAAUGCCGAUACUGUAUACAAGACAUCAAGGAAAACAACAAAUACGGGGGAAGUCAUUCGGUAUAUACCUAGGCAGUACAGCUGGGAAAUGACUAGUAGGGUAAAAUAUAGUGGUGAUCAAAUGGGAAGAUAUAGCAAUGGACCAGAACCAAUCGGUCGACAUAGAAAACAAAAGCAGGAUGUCAACACUUCUAGAGAGUUUCGUUUAGAAAAUGAGAACAGUCAAUCAAAUUUGCGAAGCACAGUAAACAAGCCUUCAGAAGUAAGGAGCGAAAGAAAAGUAUCCCGAGAUAUCAAACUGAGACAGCGGGCGACACCAUCAGACGAUGAAUUUCUAGAAACAAGAAAUACAUCUGCUUAUGACGAAGUGCUAGCUGAUAUAAGAAAAAAGUAUAAAGAUCAAGCACAGAAGCAAACAAUUGAAUCUUAAGUACCAGACAGCAGUGAAGACAACAACCGAACUGAAACUGCACGGUAACCCGAGAAGAAAUACGACCGAAACAGAGCUUGCGGAUCUACACAGCAAGUUGAAUUAGAAAAUGAUGGUCUUGCAGUGAAUAACAGAGAGCAAAGAGACAUCAUGUGAGGUAUACAGCCUGAAAAUAUCUACAGCGUAGAUCUGCUUUGCAUGAAUAUAAGCUCUUAUGUUGUAAUUCAAAGGUUGGGUUCCUUUUACACAAAAAUAUAAAAAUUGUAACUUAAUACAUCUCUAACUUCUGACUAUGAAACUGUGCCAUGAUUUAUUUACAUGGUACGAGGUAUAUUAAAUUUGUUUAUAUCUAUUUCAUAAUCAAGGCCUGAAUUAUUCUAUAUUACAUAUAUAAAAACACAGGGUUGAUAUUAAAUGCUAUUACAUAAUAACGUCAAGAUGUUAAAUAAAUUCUUUAUAUUCCA